AUGAGAAUCAUGCAUCUCCCACGAGCUCUCGCCGUUGCGGCCGGCUUCUGCGCCCUUCUUUCUGCCGCCGGGGAAUCCCCCAUUCCAGGAUUUGAGCUCGUGGACGUGGCGUGGGAUGUUGAGGUCUUCCCUGGCGGUCCACAUGUUCUUUUGAAUGGUACAGUACAAGACGUUUACGAACAGCUAAUCGAACUCAACCCCGAUUUCAUCAUCGACCUGAGCGAUCUCUAUGACGAGGACGACGACGUAGAUGAGGAUUCGUUGUCGACAUUAACGCCAUCGACCUCGUCAACUCGAUCAUCCAGCCUCGGUGUGGCUCAGCCCACGCCAUCAACAAUCGUCGAAAAGCGCCAGAGCCUUCGAGACUACUUCUGCUUCGGAAGGUGGCCCGGUGCCAGCCGUCGGCGCAUUGGAGAGGGAGUAAGCUAUCUACGACGCAUCCCAGGGACACCCACCCUGGGGCCCGGGCCAGGAUCCUGUGGCAGGGUUAGCUGCUCGUAUGACGCGGCCAUCUAUAUGUGCAAUGAUAACUCCGGAUACUACACCCUCAGCAGUUGGAACCUCGUGGCUGAUGGGGCGGACUUUAUCAACUCUCGUUGCAUCGGCGGUGGGGACACUGCAGGCCAGAUUUUCUACCAUGAAAACUGGAACGUGAUUGUUCGUCAGGAUAACUGCUAG